UCGUCUAAACUAGUUAAAACCUCAAAGAUAUUGAUUGUUUUCAUUUUCCAGUGUUUUUUUUCCCUUCUUUCUUUCUUUCAUGAGCUGAAUUAAAGUAAGCCACGCUCGAGCGGUUUCUUAUUCGUUUGUCUUCCUAUACUGCGUUGGAAGGUCACUAUAAGCUUUUGAUUUAGCUCAGGUUAGCAUGAAUGAAAGCUACAGCAAUGCAAGUGCGAGCUCUACCUCCAGUUUAACUAGCUCUCAUGAUGAUACAGAGGAUGAUCAAACCAUUGCUAGUAUUUUAGCAGAAGAAGAGGAGAUCAAAGCCGAACACAGGCUUGGGAAGAGGCUUUCCCAUUUGGAUUCUAUUCCGCAUACCCCACGGGUUAAUGGGGAGAUACCUGAUGUUAAUGAUGCUACCUUAGACCAUGAACGGCUAGCAGAAAGGUUGGCCACCUAUGAUUUGGUUGAAUUGCAAAUUGAGGGCGAUGGAAAUUGCCAGUUUCGAGCAUUAGCAGAUCAACUGUUUCGCAGUCCAGAUUACCACAAACAUGUCAGAAAGCAAGUUGUAAAGCAGCUAAAGCAUUACCGAAAAUUAUAUGAAAGUUAUGUCCCCAUGAAGUACAGAAGCUACUUGAAGAAGAUGAAAAAAUCUGGGGAGUGGGGAGAUCAUGUUACUCUACAGGCAGCCGCGGACCGAUUUGAAGCUAAAAUUUGUUUAGUUACCUCUUUUCGAGACACUUGCUAUAUUGAGAUCCUUCCCAAGGAUAAGAAUCCCAGCCGAGAGGUUUGGCUGAGCUUUUGGAGUGAAGUGCACUACAACUCAUUGUAUGCAACUGGAGAUGUUCCAACCAGAACUCCCAGAAAGAAGCAUUGGCUAUUCUAAGACCGUUCUCUUCGCUUGUACACAAAUAAGCCUCUAUUGUGAUGGGCAUUAUAGCUUUCUGUAAUUCAGAUAAAGAUCAUAUCUUUCAUUCAACUUUAAAGCCGAUCUGAUCCGUCUUACGCCGAGUUUGAACACACAAUGAUAUGUAUAGAAAUAUUUGCCUAUUCAGUUUACCCACCCCGCCUUUUUCUGUUUCUAGUGAUACUCACAUAAUUUGUUAUGAAUUAUACUGUACUAAAUGAUGUAAUUUUCUAUACUAAAAUAAUUUAUAGCAUUAUAUUAACUUAUU